AUGUUAUUCACUUCCCUUUUUGAGAUACCUCUUCCAAAUGAUGUAGAGCAUAAAUUUGAUCAUUGCGAGUUAUGGAUAUUUGGGGAAUUUCUUAGUUUAUGGACUCUAGAUUGUGAAAAUAAAAGAAUUGAAAUAUGGGUGAUGAAAGAAUACAAAGAUCAUUCAUCUUGGAGUAAGACUAUUGUUCUGUCUAUGCACAUCUUACCUCCUCAUAAGUUUUCACCAAUAUGCUCUACAAAAAAUGGUGAUAUCAUUGGAACAGAUGGUGAGAAUAUAUUGUUUAGGUAUAACGAUAAAGGAGAGCCUAUAGAGGGUUCCUCAUACAGUUGCUUUCCGGAUAGUGCAGUUUCAAGUGGAUCCCUAUCGAUAGUGUAUACGGAAUCUUUGCUUUCACUCCCUGGUGAUGACGUGCAAGCUUAUGAAGAUUAUUCGGACUAG